ACAGCCUUGGGGUGGGGCCACGAUGUUUGGCGCGAAAUUUUCUUUCCUCCAUCUCUUCAUUCCUAGGGAGGUGCCUGCCCGGCUGUUUAGUAGGCGAGUGGCUGUAAGAGGAGUGCGGCUGGAGCAGGUUAGAGUCGCUGCAGUCCACGAAUUCCUGAAGCGGAGAAGAGAAAUGAGUGUGAAAAUAGAAGGUUGCUCGACUGAGAUCCACAUCCAAGUUGGCCGGUUUGUGUUGAUUAAAGGGGAUGAUGAUGAAAAUCCAUAUGUUGCUAAGUUGGUUGAACUGUUUGAAGACGAUUCUGAACCUCAUUCCAAAAAACGUGCUCGAGUGCAGUGGCUUAUCCGAUUCUGUGAAGUCCCUGUCCGUAAACAGCAUUUGCUAGGCCGGAAGCCUGAUACACAGGAGAUAUUCUGGUAUGAUUACCCUGCCUGUGACAGCAACAUUAAUGCUGAGAGCAUCAUUGGCCAUGUGCAGGUUGUGGCUUUAGGCCCAGAUGAAGUGAUACCUAUGCAUCUGAAAAAUAAGAAGACACUCUUUGUGAAACUAUCUUGGAAUGAGAAGAAAUUCAGACCACUAUCCCCAGAAAUAUUUGCAGAGUUGGAUAAGCUACAGGAAAGCAGCCCUCGAUGCUGGAAGCCCAUGGGAGCCAAGACUAAGAGCACAGAAAGCCCUUCUUGGACCACAGCAGAGCAUGCGGUCAAAAGGAUUGAAUCAAGACACUCCACCUCCAAAUCUCGCCGAACUCCUUCCCGUCCUGUCACCCCAAGGGCAAGGAAGAGACUGGAGCUCAGCAGUUUCCCUAGGACCCCUAACACUAGGAUUUCCCAGACGACUUCACAGGACUCAUUGGAUUCUCCUGGAAAAACUAAACGGAAAGUGGCCUUCUUGGAGAUCACCUCACCUUCAAAGAGGUCUCAGCUUGAUGGACUUCAGACCUUAUCUCCAGCUCUGAAAGCCCCACAGAAAACUGAAGACAUGCGACACUCUUGUGCCAAGGAUGAUAAGGCUUCAGCUGAAUAUCAAAUGAUCCUAAGAACACGAGUCCCAGCUUUGAAAACCACAGAGAUUAGUGAGGAAAGUACACUUAUCCCUGUCAGAGUGGGACGGAGAUCCUCGAUGGCUUCUGUGGUUCUGAAACCAGUGUACAUCAAAAAGAGGGAGGCAAAAGAACCAGAAGUCCAGCAUGAAGCCACCUCUACACCCCACUGUAUCCGCAGAAAGACUUCUCUCUUGACUAUGAGUCGGAUUAGGCAGCAGCUUCGAUUUUUAGGCAAUAGUAAAAGUGACCAAGAGGAGGAGGAGUUUCUCCCAGCAGCAGAGAUUUCAGAUUCUGACAGUGAGGAGGAAGAGGCUUCUACACCACCCCUUCCAAGGAGAAUGCCCAGCAGGGUGUCCAGGAAUCUGCGCUCUUCCAUGAAGUCAUCCUUACAGACCCCUUCCAAGACACCAAAGAAAACUCCCAAGCCGAGAACACCACGUCACGCCACCCCCCAGAUCCGAAGCCGAAACCUGGCUGCCCAGGAGCCGUCCAGCGUGCUUGAGGAGGCCCGGCUGAGGCUGCAUGUUUCUGCUGUACCUGAGUCUCUUCCCUGUCGGGAACAGGAAUUCCAAGACAUCUACAACUUUGUGGAAAGCAAACUCCUUGACCAUACUGGAGGGUGCAUGUACAUCUCUGGGGUCCCUGGGACAGGGAAGACUGCAACUGUGCAUGAAGUGAUACGCUGCCUGCAGCAGGCAGCCCAAGCAAGUGAUGUUCCUCCCUUUCAGUACAUUGAGGUCAAUGGUAUGAAGCUGACAGAACCCCACCAAGUCUAUGUGCAAAUCUUACAGAACCUGACAGGCCAAAAGGCAACAGCUAACCAUGCAGUAAAACUGCUGGCAGAGCGGUUCUGCUUCCAAGGGACCUCUCAGGAAACCACUGUGCUACUUGUGGAUGAGCUUGACCUUUUGUGGACUCAGAAACAAGAUGUAAUGUAUAAUCUGUUUGACUGGCCCACUCACAAAGAGGCCCGGCUUGUGGUCCUGACCAUUGCCAACACCAUGGAUCUGCCAGAGCGCAUCAUGAUGAACCGGGUGUCAAGCCGACUGGGUCUUACCAGGAUGUCCUUCCAACCCUAUACUCACAGCCAACUGCAGCAGAUCCUAGUGUCCCGACUCAAACAUAUAAAGGCCUUUGAGGAUGAUGCUAUCCAGUUGGUAGCCAGGAAGGUAGCAGCGCUCUCUGGAGAUGCACGACGCUGCCUAGACAUUUGUAGGCGUGCCUCAGAGAUCUGUGAGUUCUCCUGCCAGAACCCUGACUCCCCUGGCCUAGUCACUAUAGCCCACUUACUGGAAGCAGUAGAUGAGAUGUUUUCAUCGUCAUACAUCACUGCCAUCAAAAAUUCCUCCAUUCUGGAACAGAGCUUCUUGAGAGCCAUCCUUGCAGAAUUCCACCGAUCAGGACUGGAGGAAGCAACUUUUCAGCAGGUAUACCGUCAACACGUGGCACUGUGCAGGAUGGAGGGACUUCCAUACCCCACCAUGUCAGAGACCAUGGCAGUAUGCUCUCACCUGGGCUCCUGCCGCCUCCUCCUCGUGGAGCCCAGCAGGAAUGACCUGCUGCUUCGUGUGCGGCUCAAUGUCAGCCGGGAUGAUGUGUUGUAUGCACUGAAGAAGUGUGAAGGGCUUCACAGGGAAGAACUGUCAUCUGCUGUUUCUCAAGAGCCCAAGAUCCUUUUUCUAAGCACAUGGAACUGUUGCAGCAGAGUACACUGAAUGAAAAUGGUGGUCUUGUGUUUUGGAAUUUUCCAUUAAAUAAUUUGAUUUUU